GACUACAUUAACAUGUCUGGUGAGGCGAGUGCGCAGGGGGCCUCGCCCAGGGCCCCGCGUCCUGGGACCCAGAAGUCGUCCAGCACAGUGACCAAGAAAGGGGAUCGCGGGGUCAAGGAGAAGCCGGGGAGCGUCCUACCCCCUGUGGGCGAGGAGGAGCCCAAAAACCCUGAGGAGUACCAGUGCACCGGAGCCCUGGAGACCGACUUCGCCGAGCUCUGCGCCCGGUCGGGCUACACGGACUUCCCCAAAGUUGUCAUGCGGCCACGCCCACACCCGACCUCUCUCCCAUCCGCCUCCUUGUCAGAAAAGCCCACCCUAGACGAUCAGCGGUUGUCGGGUUCCUGCAGCCUCAACAGUUUGGAGAGCAAAUACGUGUUCUUCCGGCCCACGAUCCAGGUGGAGCUAGAGCCAGACGACAAGUCGGUGAAGGAAAUCUACAUCCGCGGCUGGAAAGUUGAGGAUCGGAUCCUGGGCAUCUUCUCUAAAUGUCUGCCACCCCUCAGCCAGCUGCAGGCUAUCAACUUGUGGAAGGUGGGGCUGACUGAUAAGACCCUGGCCACAUUCAUCGCUCUCCUACCUCUCUGCUCAUCCACACUCAGGAAGGUGUCUCUGGAGGGGAACCCACUGCCGGAGCAGUCAUUUCACAAGCUCAUGGCGCUGGACAGCAGGAUUGCGCACUUGUCUCUGCGGAACAACAACAUCGAUGACCAUGGGGCACAACUCCUAGGCCAGGCAUUGUCCACACUGCACAGCUGCAACCGAACCCUGGUCUCACUCAACCUGGGCUUCAACCACAUCGGGGACGAGGGUGCUGGCUACAUCGCCGACGGCCUCCGGCUCAACCGCUCCCUGCUCUGGCUGUCCCUGGCCCACAACCGCAUCCAGGACAAGGGCGCUCUGAAGCUCGCUGAGGUCCUGAGGCCCUUCGAGCUGACGCACACUGAGGUGGUGGAGCGCCGCCGCCUCCUCCUGGAAAAGGGGACCCAGGAGCGCUCGCGGUCGCCUUCCUCCUCUCGACAUGGGGACUCCAAAACAGACCGUGAGAAGAAUCAGCUGGUGGGCGUCAGCAGUAUUGCACUGGUGGACAAGGCAGACAAGAUGCAAACAGCGAAGACCCCUAAGGGCCUGGGCAAGAAAAAGGAGAAGUCAGGGGAAGUGGUGAAGAAAGAGGAGAAGUCAGGGUCUGGACAGUCACCCACACAAGGAACCCCAAAGAAGGAAGACUCCACAAAGGCAGGCAAGGGGAAGGUAACCAUCCCUGAACAGAAACCAACCAAGGGAAAAGGGCCAAAGACUGGGAGCAAAGAGAAGCGUAGCAUCCUCCUGGAAUCAGAGCUGGUUGCUGAAACGACUGAGGUGGUCAACCCUCUCUUGGAGCCUGUGGAGCACCGAGAUGGGAAAGUUUUCAUGCCUGGGAACAAGGUCCUUCUGCACCUCAACCUCCUCCGAAACCGCAUCACUGAGGUGGGGCUGGAGGGCUUCCUGAUCGCAGUGCAGUACCAGGCACAGUUCUCCAAGUCCAAGAAUGCACCCAAGGGUCCCGUGGGGCUGCUGUGGCUCUCUCUGGCGAAAAACUGCUUCUCCCUGCAAUGUCCUGUGUACACCAUGAUUCAAGAGCUGAUGCUGCCAAGGGACCCCAUCAGUAAGGCCAAGACCAGAGAGGACGAGGCCAUGGCUUUUCCCACCUAGUACCUCCCACCGACCCCCCCCCCCCACACUCUGGGUCACAGAAGCAUCUCCUGUCCUUGUGGGCUGACCUCCCCGGGAGAGGUCUCAGAUCAUUAAAAAGGUCCAUUGCUGUAU